AUGAAAGAAAAUUCAGCGUAUAUCAAUAGAGUUCUGGGUUCAGAUCUUGGGUUUCUUGUUGAUUGUGGAGUUAUAUCAGAGGCAAUUUAUGAAGAAGUAAUUACUAAGAUACCUCGACGGUAUUUUCCUAGUCAGAAACAUACAGAAUGCAAAGAAACACAUUCUCCGAGUCAAAAUAUCUCACAAAACAAUAACCAUGUUUUGUCAUCACGAGAUGAAUAUCCAAAAACACUUCCUGCACGAUCAAGCACAGGGUCAAAUGUUGCAGAAAUUACGUCGAAGUUUCAGCAGAAUACAAAUAUUGGAGGAAUACCGUCUCAGCCGUCGUCAAUCAAACAAACUCAAGAGAAUAAUCAUCAUCAAAGAGCACCUUUGCCAUCUGUUCCAAAGAAAGCAUCUAUUGUAGGCAUGUUUCAAGCAGAAGCUUUAUAUGACUAUGAAGGAGAAGAUGAAGACGAUCUUUCAUUAAAAGUAGGAGAUAAAAUCAAUGUUUUAGAAUACGUGAAUGAAGACUGGUGGAGAGGAACAUGUAAUGGAAAAGAAGGAAUUUUUCCUGCAAAUCAUGUGAAAAAACUGCCAGUUUUUUUAAGUAAUGAGAGACCAUCAUUAUUACAGAAAUCGCCCCAAGAACAUGGACUACAAAAGGAAUCAACAUCAUAUCCUCAAAAAGGAUAUUAUUAUCAACAAUCACAACAACAGCAAACUCAACAACAAUAUAGUCAAGAAAAAAAAGCAAUGAGUAAUAUUGGAAAGAAAUUCGGAAAUGCCGCUGUCUUUGGAGCAGGUGCAACACUAGGUUCACACUUUGUUGGUGGUAUAUUAUAA